UCUGUGGGGUGAGCCGCGAAAACACCGCAAUUCAGUCAUGAAGCCGGUCGCGCUGCUGGUGACCCUGCUGCUCCUGCUGGAGGCGACGGCGCUGGUCCAGCCGGAGCCUAUCUUCGCCAAGUCGGUGCUCGGCUCCAGCCUCAGGUCUUUCGGACACCGCCGAGGCCAACGCCGCUUUAGCCGCGCCGCCCAGUUCGACUCGGCUCCUGGUCUCAUCGACGCCUCGGCUCUGCAGGAUCGUGCCGGCUGCGCCCAGCGCCUGCUCUGCCUGCUGGCCGCGGACCCCUCGACCCUGUCGGCCACCGAGGCCGGUAUACUGAAGCUGGCGCGCCCCCAGAGCAACGGCACGCCGCCACCGCCGGCGUUCACCGCCGCCGUCAGCGUCGGGCAGCAGAGCGGCGCCGCCGCCUGUGCUGCCACCUACAGCGGCUGCGCGGCGACGCGAGCCCAGCUGACGCAGUACGCGGCGGCCGCCACAGCGGCGCUGCGGGCGCGCGGUUUGUAGGGGCGGCGACAGCACGUGACGGGUGACGCGUACACGCGAUGUCGGGUAGGCGGGUCACGUGACGUGCCCGGUGGAAUGCCUAGGGCUGUGAGGGCAGGGGAGAGGUGCGGUGAGACAUCGACGGCUGUAGUCAAACACCGGUCAAGAAGACAGCGUUUCAGAGUUUAAAAAUCAACUGCAAAAACUGAUCGUCAACAACUGAUUCUGAGAGAAAUACACGGUUGGA